AUGUCGCUGAAGCAAAAGCUUCAUGGCAUCAUUGCGGCGGGAGGCGACGUCGCAGUUCCAGUUCUCACUGCUGUUAAUGCUGCGUCAGGGGUGCUCCCUCCCUUGCAGGCUACCGCUGCUGCCGCACUCGGUAUCCUGAAUGAGGUCAAAAAGUUUAAGGAGAACAAGGAGGACUGGGAGCUUUUUGGGAGAUAUGUCACCUCCGCCACGGCUCGUGUGGUGGUGGCCCUUGACUCAUAUGAUGCAUCCAGCGAAGGAGCAUGGGUGGGGAACAUUAGAAAGCUAGAUCAGGCUCUGCAGCGCAUUCAAACCGAAAUCAGUAGGCUGCGCGAAAAGAUGGAAAGGCGGUCAGGCAUCCGCAAUUUCUUCUCUCAUAUGAAGAAGCCCGGCAGAAUUGGCGAUUUGAAACGAAAUCUUGACGAAGCCUUAGCAUUAUUUCAGCUGGGGACGAACUUGACAAUAGGAAAUAAUCAAGAUCGAUUAAAUCGUGUCAUCGAGAAUUCCUCAGUUCUGGACAAACUCCGAUAUCCUGCCGUCGCCCAUCACGAUUUAACUCAGGCAUGCUUGGAAGGCACGAGGACUGGUUUGAUUGAGGACAUUAUGUCCUGGUGUCGUAACACGGGGAAUAGCGAGAAGCGUGUCUUACUGGUGACAGCCGUGGCCGGCGCCGGCAAGACAUCUCUUGCUCACUCGAUCGCUGAGGAGUGCAGCAAAGGAGGGAUGUUGCUGCUCAGUUUCUUCUUCAAAGCUGGAGAGCAAUCGCGCCCAGAUCAUUUGUUCAGCGGCAUGGCCCGAUCGCUCGCAACGCAUGACCCGACGUAUCGUUCCUACCUUAUAUCCACCAUCCUGAAAGACCCGACUCUCGCAACUGCCUCCUUCCCAAUGCAAUUCGAGAAAUUAGUGGCGGAGCCUUUCCGUCUGAAGGUAGCGCCUUCCGAUAGCCCUGGGAUGGUCAUUAUUGAUGCCUUGGAUGAAUGCGAUGAACAAGCAUUCAAGUACCUUGCCAAAAUACUUUGGGAACAGGUUUCCAAGCUGCCCUCAAACAUCAAAUUCCUUGUCACCUCGAGGCAGUUUGGCCUUCUUGGCCCCUAUCUCUCGAAUUAUUCCAUCAUUGAUCGGCUCAGCAUUAAUCUCUCGGACGAUGCCAAUGUUCAGGACUGCGAUAUCUACAUCCGUAUGCAGCUACGUGAGCUGAAGGAUGUGCAUCCCCAUUUGAAAGACGAACUCAAUGAAGAAGAUAAAUUGGUUCAAGACAUAUUGAGACGAGCAGGUGGGUUGUUCAUUUGGAUCAGUACUGUGUUCCGCUAUAUGCAGAACACUAGUCGUCCUCCUAUGAGGAUGCUGGAGGAGCUUCUUGAUACUGGUGCGAAUCGAUCGAAGGUUCCCGCUGAGGGUGAGAUGGAUAGGCUAUAUACAAGAGUUCUGGAGAAGUGCGACUGGAGGAACGACGAUUUUGUCCACGACUACCCAAUUGUGAUGGGAGCAAUCCUAAUCGCGCAACAGCCGCUAUCCAUCGUGGCUUGGGAUGCCGUCCUGUCACCGCACCUGAAGUCUCCCGUCCGCUAUACGCUAGCAGAACUCUCUCCGCUUGUCUCGGGAGUUGGGGAUUCUCGCAUACCGAUUCGUGUCCUGCAUCAAUCCUUCCGCGAUUUUCUCACGGAGCGGGUCGGUCUACAAUCACCAACACUUCGCCGCUUUGCAGUGGAUGUGAGGAGGGAGAAUGCCAAAGUAGCUCUAUGCUGUAUCGAAAUCCUGAAGAAUGAUCUUUCCUCUGUGAAAGGUUUGGGGUUGAUUGAGGGGGAUUUGUCGAACGAGGCUGAGCUACCACCUAUUCCGAAAGGGAUCCUAUCGGAACAGAUGUAUUAUGCAUGUCGGUACAUCGCGCAUCACCUCAAUCAAGUUCAGGAGCCACUGGAAGUGCUCAAUGAGUCGGUUCGCGCAUUCCUCGGUCAGCAGAUAGUGCGCUGGGUGGAAGUCUGCGUGAGGACCGGAGGGUAUAUUAGUAUAUCAUCAUUCCCCGAGUGGGCCAAGGUAUGGAUGAUCAACUGCAUUCAUAACCGAUUCUUAUCCAGUCGCAUGUUCCUUCAGUUGGGUAUAGAUCAAACUUCAAAAGAAGUCAUUCAGAUGCUGGUCAAAGUUUUUGGAGAUGUGCGCCGUAAUCUUGCAUUCUUUUUGAGAUUGCAGGAAGCAUAUGAGUUGGCAAAUGACUCUGUUGAGCUCUGUCGUUGCCUUGUGUCCGCGGACCCUGAUUCCUACACUACUUAUUUGGCUCGAUCACUUGGACAUCUCGGUGCAUCGCUUGCCAACCUUGGAUGGCAUUCCGAGUCACUCUCUGCGAAUGAAGAAAGUGUCGAACUCUUCCGCAAGGUAGUUGCCGUCCAUCAGACUUCAUACACCCCUGAUUUGGCUCGAUCACUCGUGAGUCUUAAAACAUCACUCACCAAUCUCGGACGGCAUUCCGAGGCGCUCCCAGUGAUCGAAGAAAGCAUCACACUCUGGCGCGAGCUGGUUGCUGCCCACCCGACCUCAUACACCCCUGAUUUGGCUCGAGGACUCAAUAGUCUUGAAGUAUCACUCAACUAUCUUGGACGGCAUUCCGCAGCGCUCCCGGUGAUCGGGGAAAGUGUCAAACUUUGGCGCGAGCUAGUUGCCGUCCACCCGACCUCAUACAUCCCUGAUUUGGCUCGAGCACUUCAUGAUCUUAACUGGUCAUUGCUUGAGCUCGGACAGUACUCUGAGGCGCUCCCGGUGAUCGAGGAAAGCGUCAAACUCUGGCGCGAGCUAGUUGCCGUCCAUCCGACCUCAUACAUUCCUGAUUUGGCUCGAGCACUUCACGAUCUUAACUGGUCAUUGCUUGAGCUUGGACGCUAUUCCGAAGCGCUCCCGGUGAUCGAAGAGAGCAUCAAAUUCUGGCGCGGGCUUAUUGCUGUCCAUUCGACCUCAUUCAACUCUGAUUUGGCUCGAGCACUCCGGAAUCUUGAAGCAUCACUCACCAACCUUGGACGGCAUUCCGAGGCGCUCUUAGCGAUCGAAGAAAGCAUCAAACUCUGGCGCGACCUAGUUGCCGUCCAUCCAACCCCAUACACCCCUGAUCUGGCUCGAGCCCUCCUGAAUCUUAGAAUAUCGUUCUCCAAUCUUGGACGGCAUUCCGAUGCGCUCCCAGUGAUCGAAGAAAGCAUCACACUUUGGCGCGAGCUAGUUGCUGUCCAUCCAGCCUCCUACACCCCUGAUUUGGCUCUAGCACUCCAGAGUCUUGAAGCAUCACUCAACUAUCUCGGGCGGCAUUCCGAGGCGCUCCCGGUGAUCGAAGAAAGUGUCAAACUCUGGCACGAGCUGGUUGCCGUCCAUCCGACCUCAUACACCCCGCAUUUGGCUCGAGCGCUUCACCAUCUUAACUGGACAUUGCUCGAGCUCGGACAGUACGAGGCGCUCCCGAUGAUCGAGGAAAGCGUCAAACUCUGGCGCGAGCUAGUGGCGAUUCAUCCGACCUCAUACAGCUCUGAUUUGGCUCGAGCUCUCCGGAAUCUCAACUCGUCACUCCAUCAUCUCGGGCGGUAUUCUGAGUCACUCCCGGUGAUCGAAGAGAGCGUUCAACUAUGGCGCGAGCUAGUUGCCGUCCAUCCUACCUCAUACACCCCCGAUUUGGCUCGAGCGCUUCAUGAUCUUAAUUGGUCAUUGCUCAAGCUCGGACGGUAUUCCGAGGCCCUCCAGGCGAUUGAAGAAAGCAUCAAAUUGUGGCGCGAGCUCAUUGCAGUCCAUCCGACUUCAUACACCUCUGAUUUGGCGAGAGCGCUCCGGAAUCUCGAAACAUCACUCACCAAUCUUGGACGGCAUCCCGACGCGCUCUCAUCGAACGAAGAAGGUAUCAAACUCCGGCGCGAGCCAAUUGCCGUCCAUCCGACCUCGUACCCCCCUGAUUUGACUUGA